AUGGCACUCUCCCUCGCUCUUUCUCUCUCACUUGCUCUUCAAUCUGGUCGUGAGGCCAGCCUCUUUGCCGCUAGUACCAUGGCUUUGCGUAGCGACGGUCAUCCUCCCCGUACCUCGUCGAGGAACCCCCCUCUGGCUGGAACAAACCAUGAACGACCCUUCGCAGGCGCGACGGCGCCGAGGUCGCCAGUCGUCUUCCGCCCUCCCACCAGCGACCCCAACCGCAGUCCUGACUGGAGCAAGGAGCUCGACGAUCUCGUCGACGAUGCUUACCCGCCUUGGCACGAGCUUCACGCACCUGAGCGAGUCGACAGGGCGCGCGAGUUGGAGGCGCAGGGAGAGCGUGACAUGCACAAAGAGAUGGCGCGUGCCCGGGCGCGGCAUGAACACCAGAUGCUCUUGCCGGGCACCGAAAGCGUUAUCCGCCGACUUCGCGCUGGACGUGCGGCUCAGCGCCCUCCUGCCCAGCCCCUCCAAGCGUCCUCUGCUGCCGCUCCGCGCCGUCGCACACACGGUCGACGCCAUUCUGUUGGGGUGCAGACCGACUCGGAUGACGAGAAGAAGAAUCGCGGUCGCCAGGAGUCGCAGCAGCAACGCUGGGACGCAGGUUGGGACGAUGCUAUCGACGAUGCGUACAAGGAGGAGGGAGGGGGAGAGUCCAGCGACGAUGACCGCACCCCUCGGCAGUCCAUGGUGGGCAGGAGGUAA